UACCCACGAUGUCACAAUAUUUGUAGCAACAAAUAUUUCUUAUUCAUGAACAACUCAGUUACCAAAUAACAAUAUGGAACAAUACAUCAUGCAGGAUCCGAUAAUAUGAAAGCUGUCACAUUAUGUCACUAUGAUUAAUAAUUUAACAAACCAUAUUAAUGUAAUAUAAUAAUAAUACCCACAAAGAAAUUGAAAAACCUUGUUCAGACCGAUCCUAUCAAUCAUUAUGUUCAUCAUCUUGGCACAACUUUUCCUUGUCAAAUUCGUCAAACUCUGAAACUAUUAGAGACAAAAGAGGGUAUGAUAUCAUUAUUCACAGUGCUAAAACCUGGUUGGUUGGUUCCAAGAUCCAUGUCAAGUUCUUUUGUGCAAUUUCAUCCAUCAUCAUGAGCUUGGCCCUUAACAUAAGUUUUUUUUGUGUGGUCAUGUUUGUGUCAUUCAAAUUCAGCAUGGUUUUGUGCAUUAAAAUUGAGGAAUUCUACCCAGGAGAAAGAGAUGCUUUGAUGCUCAUAAGGGAUUCUUUGAAUUCUUCUGUGGAUUUGCAUGGGAAUUGGACGGGUCCUCCUUGUAUAGACAAUCAUAGCAGAUGGAUUGGCAUCACUUGUUCAAAUUGGCAUGUUGUUCAAAUUGUUCUUGAAGGGGUUAACCUUAGUGGUUACUUGCCUCAUACAUUCCUUCAAAACAUAACUUUCUUGAGCCAACUUGACUUCAGAAACAAUGCACUUUUUGGACCAGUGCCCAGUCUCAAGAAUUUGACGUUUUUGGAACAAGUUUUGCUAUCAUCCAAUCAUUUCUCAGGGUCAAUUCCUGUGGAGUAUGUUGAACUUCCUAGUCUAGAGGUUUUGGAGUUGCAAGAGAAUUACUUAGAUGGUCAAAUUCCACCAUUUGAUCAAGCAUCCUUGACAAGUUUUAAUGUGUCAUAUAAUUAUCUUUCAGGGCCUAUUCCUGAAACUUCUGUGCUGCAACGGUUUCCUGAUAGUUCAUUCGGUAAUAAUUCAGGUCUUUGUGGAAAGCCAUUGGAUAACCCAUGUCCUAUUGAACCUCCAUCUCCAUCUCCAUUUUAUGCACCACCUCCUUUUGUUGUUCCUCCAAGUUCACCAAUGGAACCAAAUAAGAAGAGGCUUCAUGCAUGGAUUGUUGCUUUGAUUGGUGCUGCAUCUGCAUUUUUUCUACUUUCUCUGAUAAUUAUUAUUGCUUUCUUGUUUCUUAAAAGAAGAAGAACAAGUGGAAAAGAACCAAGAAGGAAUGAUUCAACAGGGUAUGUUUUUGGGGCAUGGGCAAAGAAGAUGGUGUAUUAUGCUGGAAACAGUGAUGUUUCUGAAAGGAUUGGGAAAUUGGAAUUUUCCAACAAGAAAAUGGCAGUUUUUGACUUGGAUGAUUUAUUAAGGGCAUCAGCAGAAGUGCUUGGAAGAGGGAACUUAGGCAUUACAUACAAAGCAACACUUGAAACUGGAAGUGUUGUUGCAGUGAAGAGACUUAACCACGUGAAUGAACUGAGCAAGAGGGAAUUUCUCCAGCAGAUGCAAUUGCUAGGACAGAUGAAGCAUGAAAAUCUUGUAGAAAUCGUCUCCUUCUAUUAUUCAGAGGAGCAAAAGCUGGUCAUAUAUGAAUUUACCUCUGAUGGCUCUUUGUUUGAAUUUCUACAUGAGGGUAGAGGACUAGGAAGAAUACCACUUGAUUGGACAAAAAGACUUUCUAUAAUCAAAGAGAUUGCAAAGGGUCUUGCUUUCCUCCAUCAUUCUUUGCCUCAGCACAAGGUCCCUCAUGCCAACCUCAAAUCAUCCAAUGUCCUAAUCCAUGAAGACAGUAAAGGGUACCAUUCCAAGCUCACAGACUAUGGUUUCUUGCCUCUACUCCCAGCCAAACAGAAUGCAGAAAAGCUAGCCAUAAGGAGGUCACCAGAGUUUGUUCAAGGGAAGAGGCUGACACACAAAGCUGAUGUUUAUUGCUUUGGUAUCAUCAUGCUAGAGAUCAUAACUGGCAAAAUCCCUGGUCAUGUCAUAGGUGAAAUUGAGGAAACAACUAAUGAUCUUUCAGAUUGGGUGAGAACUGUGGUCAACAAUGAUUGGUCCACAGACAUAUUGGACUUGGAAAUACUAGCAGAAAAAGAAGGGCAUGAUGCAAUGCUGAAGCUGACAGAGUUAGCUCUAGAGUGCACAGAUGUGACACCAGAGAAACGGCCUAAGAUGAGUGUAGUAUUGAUGAGAAUAGAAGAGAUAGAGCAAAUGAGAAAAGAGAAUGACUAGAACAAAUUUAAGUCACUACAGCAAGAUGUAUUAUUAUUGUCUUGCAUGAAGUGCACCCCAACAAUGUCCUUGUAAUCUUGUAUACAUCUUAACACUCCACUCAUAUGACAUACCAUCCAAAUCAGAAAUGGCUUAACAACUGCAUAUAACAAUAUGUACGGAUGACAAUUUUUUCAGAAGAGAUAAAUUCUCUUCGAUGUUGAGAAAUUAUUAUUUCCAUUUUUCCCCAUUUUAUGAAUUUUAUUAUUUCCAUUUAUUUUAUGAUAUCCUGUAAUUAAUGUAAUCAAGUUUACCUAGUAGGAGAAGAUUUUGUUCUUGUUAUUGUAUGAUUUGGUUUAGAAGACAGUUAAGACAUACUAGUAAUUAUUAGAACAUCAGGUGACAUGUAACAAAUAGAAAGAAAGUACUUUAUUCACAGUUUUGAUGCUGAAGAUAUGCCUUAUUCAAAGUCAUCUGGGAUCACAUUUUCAAUUUUACUAUUUCGUUUUUUCUCUCCUUUGCUUCAACUAUGUCCAGAUUUUGGUGCCUCAGAAUAUCACAGUUAAGUUGAGCUAUUUAUUGAAUGAAAGAAUGUUUUUCCUCUCCAUUAGAUAGAUUAAUUGGAGAGAAGGAUCAUAGACAGUUAAUUAAGCAUUUGAGUUUGAAGAGAAAAAGGGUAUUUUCUAAUAGUUAAUAAAUGUAAUAUGAGCAAUAAAAAUAUGCCAUUAUUAACCAAACUCAAGAACUUGACACAGAAUAUGAUGAACUGGAAGUGGGUUAAAGAUUUUGGGACAGUCAAGGUUACUCACAUGGGAUACCCUCCA